CGUAAAGAUAACCCCAGGGGGUGACAAAGAUGGGGUGCUGGGCCAGGCUGAAGUCCUCUGACUGGGCUUAUCCCACUGCAGUCCUGGCAUUCUAUGGAUUUUUUGCCAACUGCAGAAUCGCAGAGCCUUUCCUCGCUCCGUACCUAAUUGGGCCUCAUAAGAACAUCUCUGAGGAAGUGGUGACAAACUACCUUUUCCCCAUCUGGACGUACUCCUACCUGGCCUUCCUUUUCCCAGUCUUCCUACUGACGGACCUCCUGAGGCACAAGCCGCUCAUUGUGCUGCAGGGACUCUUCCUGCUCGUCAAUUAUGUCCUGCUCUGCUUUGUCCCGGGACUGCCUGCCAUGGUCUUCCUUGAGAUUAGCUAUGCCGUUGUGACAGCCUCAGACGUGGCCUACUUUUCCUACAUUUACAGCGUCAUUCCCAUGGAGAAUUACCAAAGAGCCACCGGUUACCUCCGAAGCGCUGUGCUUUUUGGGUACACAUUUGGUGCCGGCCUGGGUCAAGUUCUCAUCUCACUGGCAGGCCUAGACUACUUCCACAUCAAUGCCAUCACUCUGGGCGUCGUAAGCGUGGCUUUUCUCCUCUCCUUCUGGUUGCCAAAGCCCAAGAGGAGCAUGUUCUUCAAAGGGAGGAAGGCUGUGGCUUUGGGCCAAAAGUCCCAGCAGGCGAGGCCGGUGGGAGCGGCUGAUGAAACGGUGUCGGACGCUGGCUCCGGGAAACGGAAGAUGGAGCAUAACGACAGCACUGGCUGGUGCGGCGGGGAAAAUAUUGUCAAUGCGGGUCAUUUACUUUGGCAAAGCUUCAGGGAGUCCUACUCCUCCAGGCAUUUGAUCUACUGGUCCCUUUGGUGGGCUCUGGCCACAGCUGGGUAUACACAAAUAAUGAACUACAUCCAACUAAUGUGGGACCACAUUGAACCAUCUGCCACAUCAUCCGUCUACAACGGAGGUGUAGAAGCCGCAUGUUCUCUUGUUGGCGCUGCGGCGGCUUUGUCAGUCAGUCACAUCAAGGUGAACUGGACCGUGUGGGGAGAGUUGGCGCUGGGCGUGUUUUCAGCCAUCGGAGCAGGCGCCGUGUUUCUCACAGCGCUCGCCAGCAACAUCUGGGCCUGCUAUGCUGGCUACGCGCUGUUCAAAUCCUGCUACAUGCUCCUCAUCACCGUCACCACAUUUCAGAUUGCUGCCAACCUCUCCUUGGAAUGUUACGCUCUGACGUUUGGGAUCAACACGUUUGUGGCCCUGGUGCUGCAGACCGUCAUGACACUUAUUUUUGUCGAUGAAGCUACGUUAGGGGUGGACAUUGUGACGCAGUUCAUCAUCUACGGGAGCUACUAUGCUGUCAUCUCUGCGCUCUUUGUGAUUCGAGGGGUCUACACCGUUUGUGCAACGCGUAGCUCUCCAGGACCAUCAGAUAUGCAAAAAGAGCGUGAUGACACUGCAGAGGUCAUCUAUGCUGAAUCUUUCUGAGCAAGAACAAGCAGUAUUUAAUAAGUAUACCUUGGACUUUGGGGUAUCGUCAUCAAAAGGGGUCAUAUUAUGAAUUUUUUUUUCUACAUUUGAAACACUUCAUUGUGGUCUACUUAACAUGUUAUGGUGGUUCUUGGUGAACAAUUUGCAUAGAUUUUGUUUUACAGACCUAUUUGUAGGCCAUAUGUUUGCUCCCUUUGAAAACAAGCUGUUUUGGAGAUGCAAAUGAACCCCC